AUGCCUUCGUAUGAUGAUGAUCUACCGACUCAACAAGAAGAAUAUAUACUUAAACAACUUGUUGAUAAUGUUGAACAACACGAACGAAUUCAAGCUCUUAUUGAACUUAAAAAUUUAAUAAUUGGUUCAAAAAGAUGUAAAAUAGCUUUUUAUCAUGUUGGUAUACUUGAAAUUCUUUAUAAUUUACUUAAAGAAUAUACAUCAACAAUAAAUAUUAAUAUUCUUAUAGAAAUUCUUGAUUGUAUAUCAUCAUUUGCUAAAUCAAAUAAUAAAAAUUUAUUAAAUCAUCUUAUUGAACUUGGUUUUAUCGAACAAAUAUUAAUAUUAUUAACAAUACAAAUUGAUUCAAAUCAUUUUUAUGAAUCAUGUCUUCGUUGUUUACGUUCAUUUUUUCUUUCAAAAAUUUUUUCAAAUCCAUAUUUAACUCCAAUACCAUUUAGACUUUUAUAUGAUGAAAAUAAACAUGAAACAAUAACAUUUAUAUCACAAAGAGAAAAUUUUUUAUUGAAUGAUAAUUAUUUUCCAGUAGAUAUUUUAUUUGAAAAUUCUCAAACACUUAAUAUAUUUCAUCGUUUAUUAUCAAUAUCAAAAUCAACACAAAUAUCAAUUAUAGAAAUUUUAUGUUGUUUAUGUAUUAAUAAUGAACGACAAAAUCAAAUUGUAGAAAAAGAUUUUAUUGAACCUAUUAUGCAUCUACUUGUAGAAAAUAUUUUUUAUAAUAACAAAAUUAAUCUAGUCAGUUUGGCCAAUGAAUAUCUGAUAGGAGUUUGUUUAAAAUUUUUCUGUUCAAUAUGUUAUGAAAAUGUUGCCGUUGCUCAACGAUUACAAACAACAAUAUCUACUAAAACAAAUCAAACAUUAUGUGAAAUUAUAUCAAAUUUAUUAAAUAAAAUCAAUCGUCCAGUUAUAAUAUCAUAUUAUGCAUCGAAAUUUUUUGUUAAUCUUUGCAAAACAAAAGUACUAUCAUGUGAUGAUUCACAUAUAUCUCAUAAAUCAUUAACAACACUUAUUCAUUUAUGUACAAAAUCAAUUAUAAAUAAAUGUAUUUAUUUAUAUAUAGCAUGUCUUGAUACACUUAUUUAUUUAUUAAAUGGUAAUAGUACAUUACAUCAUCUAGCAAUGUAUACAGAACAAUUAUUAACUAAAUUAUUUAGUUAUUUAUUUACACCAAAUAAAAUUUUUGAUGAAAAUAUUGAUGAAACAAUACUUAUAAAAAUACGUUCAUCAGCUUUAACAUUACUUGCAGUUCUUGCAUCACAUCAUGAAGAUAUUAAAAAACGAAUUGCCGAUCAAGAAAAUUUAAUUUUAACAGCAAUUGAAUGUUAUCAUUCACCACAUUUAUCAUUACAAUUAGCAUCUCUUUGUUUAUUUCAUGGUUUAUCUCGAAGUGUUCAUCAACUUCGUACAACAUUUAAUGAUACAAUUUGUGAUAUUUUACUCGAUGCUAUUAAAUCAAGUGAUUUACAUUUAGUUAAAAUUGCAUCAUCUGUUAUUAGUAAUAGUGUACUAGAAUUUUCUACUUGUCGUACAAGAUUACUUUCGGGUGGUAUUCUUAACAUACUUCUUUCAUUUCUUACACAUCCGGAUCACGAAUUAUCUAUUAAUGGUAUAUGGGCUUUACGUAAUCUCUCUUACUUAUCAACACUUAAAAUUAAACAAGAUAUAAUUAAUGGAUUAACAAUUGAUCGAAUUUAUUCAUUACUUGAACAAUGUACAGAUGAACGAUUUCUAAUUUGUUUAUUAUCAUUAUUACGUAAUAUCUUUAAUGAAAGAGAUACUGAAGCAUUAUUACCAAUGUUUAAUUCAGCGAAAUUAUUAACAACUUUACAAAGUAUGAGUGAGAAAAAUUAUUCAGAAGAAAUUUAUCGUGAAAUUAAUUUAUUAAUUGAUCAUAUUAAUUCAAUCAAUAAUUCGUCUCAACAACGAUCAACUUCAGAUUCGGUUAAUCCAUCUUGUCGAACAUCUCUCUUUCCUGAAUAUGCAUGUGACGAAAUGGAUCAAUUGGAUUGUUCAUAA